AACAUUCAAAGCCGCAUCCCUCAGAAAAAAAACUCAAGGCCGCAUCCCCAAAAAAACAGCUUCUCAAGGCCGCACGACGCUCCCGAACGCCGCCCUCGCCUACCUCUCUUCCUCGCCGGCGGCGAUGAUCCCGCAGGGUCAGAGCAGCUCGCUGGAGCGCCUCCACAACGUUGAGCAGCGGAUAGUGCGGGUGGUGGAGCUGUCGGGCGCGGUCAUGGAGGAGCUCGGAAACUCGCAGGGUCCCCGCGCCGAAGCCGUAGCCGCCCACUGCCGCGAGUUCAUGCUCUACAUGAAGGAAAUACAAACAACUUUGCGCGAGGAAAUAAAAAGUGCUUGUGAAUAUCGUCCAUUUGAGAAGUGCGACUAUAGUGCAAGAAUCGCUAAUGAGAUUUGUUGCAAAAAGCUGGAGUAUGUAAUUGAGAAGAUGGAUGCUAUGCAACUAAACAUGGAGCAAAGUUCUAAUGGAGUUUAGCUAGUUGACUGGCAUUCUAGUACCCGGAGGUGAGGUGGGUUAGGAGCAGCACAGACCUGACCAAGCAUGACUGUUAAAUUGUUAAUGAAGCUUUCAGAUAAUUACUUGUCCGUUCGAAUGCGCAAAGCUUUGUUCAACUCUGAGUGAGGAGGUGUUUCACAUACAGUACAUUGAACUAGGAGAUCGUCCAUUGUAUUACUGUACAUCGGAUGUAACUACAUGUAUAAGUAAGAAAGGUUUAGUGGUGUGGUCGCACAACUC